CCUCUCUUUUAAAUUGUUUUUUUCUUUGGUGAUAUAAUUGAAGAAGCGUUUCUGGAAUUACAGGUAAAAAUAAUUCACCGGAAGCUUCUCAAAGUAUAGUGUGAGGAUAUGAGUCAACCUUUGUGUGGACAUUGUGUGGUAGGGAGGGGCUGAGUGGGAGCACAAGUACACCGAGGGAGAGAUAGGGAAGUCUGACCAGGUUGUCAGAUGAAUCGUGCAGCACCUUGAAGCUUCAGACCUUCUCCCGGGUGUGAUCACUCUCCUCCCUCCUCUACCAUAAUGGGUCUUUUUCUUUUCUCAAGAAGAUUUACGAUAUUGAACAGAGCAAUUGCUCUGACUGACACCAGCUCCUGCCUUCCAGUUGGGAUCUGAAACAAGGUAGACUCCUUCAGUAUGCUGAAUCACUCUUCUGCUCCCACUCUACAGUACCUCUUACUCUCCCUCCUGUUGUUGGCGUGUGGUUGGAACAAGGCGGCCUGCUCUCUUGGAGAGGGCAGGGGGAUUUGGCAGCAGCCCAAGCCGGACCCCAUCACCAAAGACCAGUCUUUCCUUCAUGAUACCUUCCCUUCAGGAUUCCUUUGGGGUUCAGGGACGUCUGCCUUCCAGACAGAGGGAGCCUGGGAUCAGGAGGGGAAAGGCGCAUCCAUCUGGGACCAUUUCACCCACUCCACUGUCAGUAAUAAAUUGGCAACCGAGACUGCCGAUGUGGCUAGUGACAGCUACACUCGCUGGGACAAAGAUGUGGAGGCACUGGAGUAUCUAGGUGUAAAAUCAUACUAUUUCUCUCUCUCCUGGCCCAGACUCUUUCCUGAUGGGAAUGCAAAAGUUAGGCCCAAUACUGUUGCUGUGGAGCAUUACAGCCGUCUCGUAGACAGGCUCCUGGAAAAGAGAAUUGAGCCCAUUGUCGCCCUCCAUCACUGGGACCUGCCACAAGUCCUGCAGGAGCGCUAUGGAGGCUGGAAAAAUGACACACUGGUGGGACUGUUUGAGGAGUAUGCAGCCUUUUGUUUCAACACGUUUGGGAGCCGUGUUAGGUACUGGCUCACAAUGCAUAAUCCAUACUUGGUGGCUGUGCAGGGCUAUGGGACAGGCGUGCACGCUCCUGGAGAAGCAGGGGGUCCCGCUGGCUUUCUCAUUGUGGCCCACAACCUGAUCAGGGCACACGCCAAAGCAUGGCACACCUACAACACCCACUUCCGUCCAGCUCAGAAGGGUAAAGUAUCCAUUGUUUUGGGGUCCCACUGGGUUGAGCCUCAAAGAGGCCAAGCCACAGCUGCUAAUGUUGAGCUUUGCCAGCAGUCAAUAGAAGCUGCCCUUGGCUGGUUUGCCAACCCCAUCUUUGGUGAUGGGGACUACCCACUCUCUUUAAAAAUGAAGCACGGGGCCCUCUUGCCCACAUUCUCCCCCGAGGAGAAGCUCUGGGUGCAGAAAACAGCUGACUUUUUUGCUCUGUCCUUCGGGCCCAACAACCUCCGUCUGGGCCGGGGCCUGGUCCAGUAUGGGCAGACUGUGACCCCAGACCUGAGGCGCGUACUGGGCUGGAUAAAGCUGGAGUAUGGGGACCCGAAGGUGCUUGUGACCGAAGGAGGCUGGUUUUCUGAGGCCAGUGUGGGAAAGGAGGACACAGUGGCCAUUUACCUGAUGAAGAGGUUUAUCAACCAGGUCCUGCAAGCCAUCAAGUUUGAUGGCGUGCAGGUGUUUGGCUAUUCUGCCUGGUCACUGGUGGAUGGAUUUGAGUGGAAUUAUGGCUUCACUGUUAGGCGAGGCCUUUUCUAUAUCGAUUUCAGCCAACCAAACCGAACCAGGACCCCCAAGACCAGUGCUCGGUACUACAGGCGUGUUGUCACUGACAAUGGUUUCCGCAGUGACGAAACUUCCAGAGAGAUCAAAGGCCGUUUCCCCUGCGAAUUUCACUGGGGUAUUGCCGACUCCACUUUACAGGUCCACUUCUACCCGUUCUCACCACAGUUUACUGACAACCGUUUGUACAGCUGGAACCUGACAGGAGACGGUUCGCUGCGUCCAGUCCCAGGGGUGAAGAUGCAAACCAGACGAGCCCAGUGCACCGACUACUUGGCCAUUCGUGGUCAUCUUCGCCUGUUCGCGUCCACUGGGGCAUCUCACUACCGCUUUGCUCUAAACUGGUCUCUGAUUUUACCCCAGGGAGACCUCUCUAAUGUGAACACUGAAGCUCUGAGGUACUACCGCUGUGUUCUGUACGAGCUCAAGAAGCUGGACCUGGAGGCUGUCGUUAUUCUCUACUACCCCACACACAGAGCUCCAAAUCUAGGUUUGCCUGGGCCCCUGCAAGCCUCUGGUGGUUGGCUCAACUACAGCACCGUGGAGGCCUUUCAGGAAUAUGCAGCACUGUGCUACCAGCAGCUGGGGCCCUGGGUUCCAUACUGGAUCACCGUCAAUGAGCCAAACAGACUGAUAGAUGUUUAUUCCACUUGGAAAGAGAAGCAUCAGGCAGCUCAUAACCUUCUUCUGGCUCACGCUAAAGCCUUUAGGCUGUACGAGAAGGAACACUUGGGUCAACAGAGAGCACUGGUAUCACUUGCAUUACAUGCCGACUGGGCCAAACCUGCAAACCCCUUCCUUGACUCGCAUACGGCAGCAGCACAGAGAUUCCUUUUGUUUGAGCUUGGUCGGUUCUUAGACCCGUUGCUUGGGACUAGAUAUGAGGAGAAGCAUAGCAAGGUGGACUAUCCAGAAGAAAUGAAGGCAUACCUGGAGGAGAGAGCUCGAGUAAUGGGCUUCCCUGGAUCCCCUCUUCCUAGCUUUACUAAGACUGAGAGGGAGGAGCUUAGAGGGACAUUGGGUUUUAUCGCUCUGAACCAUUUUACCACCCGUUUGGUCUCUCCAUAUAUCCACACACAGGGCAAUUUUCAGCAGAAACAACCUCCUGAUCACGGCUGUGUGAUCCUUUCUGAUCCCACCUGGCCCUCCUCAAGCCUGGGGCAGGCUCUUGUACCCGAGGGCCUGCGGAAGAUCCUGAACUGGGUGAGCCAGAGAUAUGGAAGGGCUCUGCCUAUUAUUGUCACAGCCAGUGGGGUUGAUGAUCAGGCUCCUGUGGAGGACAAACUCAGGCAACACUUUUUCAGGAGUUAUCUGCAGGAGGCCUUAAAAGCUCGCCAAUUAGAUAGAGUCAACCUGCAGGGCUUCUACGUGUGGAAACUGCAAGAUCGACAUGCCCCCCAGUUUGGCCUCUUCACCUCAACCCACCAUCAAGCCAAAGCCAAAGCCUCCAUUGCUGUCUACAGAGAAAUCAUAACUCAUGGAGGUUUCCCUGAGGAUAACACCACGCAGACAUGCAGGUUUAGUGCGCUGCAUGAGCCUUGCUCUGUAUGUGCAUGGAUGUUCAAGAACAAAGCGAUGUUGGUCUUCGCAGGUUGCCUCCUAAUAACAGCCGUAAUGCUGGCAGCACUUGUCAUCUUUGUUGUUAUCACCAGGAGAAACCAAACAAGAGGCAGAGGGAGGGGGGUGAACAAGCGGAGAAGAAGGGAAGGAGUCCCCGUAUGCUCGUGUCCACCUGUUAAGUGCUAACCGUAGAGACAUUGCAUAUGUAAUGUAAAGCAGACAAACUGUGUGUGGCUCAUUGACAGAGAAGAUCAAUGAUCUAUUGUGUCUGGUCCAAUGAUGUGUGUAUCUGUGCUUGUAACAAAUGUGUGAUCAGUUUACCAACACUUACUGUCAAAAAAAAUGUGUCUCCAUCCAUUUUAUUGUAAUAAUGGGUUAUUUAGAUGGAGGGUAAAAAAAAUGGAAAAGCUAUUUUGUUAAUUAAAUGAUCAAGAGAUUUACUGAAUGCCAAAGAUUGGCUGGCUCGCAUGUGUUCUUACAAUUAUGUGAGGUCUAUAGUUUACGAUAAGGGAGGAUAACAACUUUACCUAAUUGCUUACCUUACCUAUGACCUCCAUUAUGGCGAGAUAUGCCAGUGCCAUGAUUCUAGCAUUGGAACAGUCAGUGAUGAUUAUAUUGUGUAGAUCAGACUAAAAUGUGACUUUAAUAUAUUUUACACAAUGUAAGAUAAGUUUAGCUCAGAUUUAAUUGUGGAUUGCACAAAAAAUAUAUAUAUUUUCACAAGUGGUAUCCACUUUAUUCAAACACCAGACAUGAUGCUUCAUGCCAAAUGUGUGAACCUCCACGGGACAAUGACGCCCCCUAGCGUCGCAGUGUGAAACAACGUGAAACAAGGAUCCGUCUUUUGUUAAAAAAUGGAGAAAAUAUCAAAACGUACAGUGUAUGCUCAUGUGUUAGUAAGAGACCGUCAGUGUUUGUGACCGUGGACCUCUGAGAUAACGUAUUUCAGACGAUGACAUGAUUCCUGGGGUCUGUCUUCAAAAGCAUGUAAUGAUUUGUAUGAAUUGUAUAAUGUGGAACAGACACAGGUUUAAAUGGGAUCAUCAGAUGAAGAAUAGGUGCUUUCUGCAGUAAUGGAAAGCAACUGAAUCUUCAUGUGAUACAUACUUUAGACUUGAAAACUGCUAAUCAGAACAGAGAGUCAUUUUGGAGCAUGUAUGACUAAAAAGUAAAACGUUAAAUGAUUGCACAGUGAUGAUUACAUUUAAUCUGUCAUUGUAUGAAACCCUGUUUACCUGUUCUGAGAUCACUUUUAUUUUGCAUUAAAAUGUUUU